CGGCUGAGCCUGCCUGCACCACAAGCGAGUGUCGACCUGCUGAGCAGCGGCUUCGACAGUCUCUCAGCUCUACUCUGGACCGCCGACAGCUUCAAGCGAGCAGCAAGAGACGCCACGCGAGCUGACGCCGGCUGAGACGUUGCGCUCGCCAAGGCAACGCGUAGCAGCAUUGCCAAGGCGUCGUAGGGCACAGCCUGGCUGGACCCGAGCUUCGCAUAGCCCUUGCAGAGCCGUGACAACUCUCGCUCUGCUGUGUACACGCUGUCGCGCUGCCAAACAAGUCGGCUGAUCCGUGGUUUCAAUCAGCUUGCCCACGUCACCGGCUGCUUCAGCGACUUUGCACCAUACACAUCGGCUCGCUUAGCUAUCCGCCUAGCUUGAGCUUGGAUUACCAAGAUGGCAGCGGCAGCACCACCUGCAGCCUCGCGGCAGUUCAAUGUCGGCAAAGACUACCAGAUUGUCGACUGUAUCGGUGAAGGCGCAUACGGCGUCGUCGUGUCCGCCAUUCAUCUACCGACGCAACAGAAAGUGGCAAUCAAGAAGAUCACGCCCUUCGAUCAUUCCAUGUUUUGCCUGCGCAGCCUGAGAGAAAUCAAGCUGCUUCGCCACUUUCAGCAUGAGAACAUCAUCUCCAUCCUCGAUAUCAUUCGGCCAGCAUCCAUCGACGCCUUCAACGAGAUCUAUCUCAUCCAAGAGCUCAUGGAGACAGACAUGCAUCGCGUCAUUCGCACUCAAGAGCUCAGCGACGAUCACUGCCAAUACUUUCUCUACCAAACACUGAGAGGCCUCAAAGCUUUGCACUCUGCUGCGGUCUUACAUCGUGAUCUCAAGCCCAGCAAUCUGCUACUGAAUGCAAAUUGCGAUCUCAAGAUCUGCGACUUUGGCCUUGCGCGCUCAUCGAUACCCAGCCAGAACCAAGAAGGUCAAGGAUUCUUGACAGAAUACGUGGCGACGCGUUGGUAUCGUGCGCCGGAGAUCAUGCUCACUUUCAAGGAGUAUACCAAAGCAAUUGACGUGUGGAGCGUCGGUACCGUCCUCGCAGAGAUGCUCUCAGGGCGUCCUCUAUUCCCAGGCAGAGAUUAUCACCAUCAGCUCACGUUGAUACUCGACGUACUCGGCACACCGUCGCUCGAUGACUUUUACGCGAUCCAGUCGCAUCGUUCGCGCGAUUAUCUUCGAGCAUUGCCCUUCAACAAGCGCAGACCCUUCUCGACCAUCUUCCCCAAUGCCAAUCCGCUCGCCAUCGAUCUGCUCGACAAAUGUCUGACUUUCAACCCCAAAAAGAGGAUCACCGUCGAGGAGGCUUUGGCGCAUCCUUACCUUGAGCCCUAUCACGACGCAGAUGAUGAGCCCAACGCGGAUCCUCUCAGUAUCGAAUUUUUCGCAUUCGAUCAUUCGCCUACACCUCUAAGUCGUGAAGAACUGAAAGAGUUGAUCUACGAGGAAGUAUGUCACUAGACCGCUCGCAGUCCUGUUGCCUGUACAAUGAGAAGCCAUGUAGCAAGCCUGCAGGCCGGGCUCGAGCGUCCAACGUCGCAAAAUGCAUACCAACAACAUCAAAUUUGCGUGUGUCGUACAUGCUCAGAACGAAGGAGCGGCAGUG